CAUCAACAUGGACAACUUCAACUUGAAACGAAACAACACGUGGUGGCAAAAAUACAGGCACGCCAAGAACCAUCGGAGCCGGCUUAGUAUGGAGAUGGUACUGCGUAGGAGCUUCGCGCAGGUCCUGGGGGAUUAUGUGCAGCACUGCUCACUCGUGGGGCUCAAGCAGGUGUGCGAGCGGGACAUCCCGACCAGGCAUCGAGUCUUCUGGAUAAUUUUAACCGCCCUCACCUACGGCGCCGUCAUCUACAUGCUCAUGAAUAUAUGGAAGGCGACAUUAAGCAACCCCCUGAUCGUGACCAUGGACUCUUCCACGUAUCCCAUCGCCGAGAUCGACUUCCCUGCCGUCGCCGUGUGCAAUAUUAAUCGGAUUAGUAUGAAGACCGCUAAGAAGCGUGCGGUGGAGAUUUACCAAAACAGAAAGAAAAAACAUCCAAACGCCACCCUGAACGACUUCGAGUGGUAUCUGAUUCAAGCCGGUCGGCUCUUGGACUUUUCUUACAACGAGACUCUUAGACUACGUCUCCUGAAGUUUGACGCUCAGAACGCGCAGUCCUCACAUAAAAUUGUAGAGGUUAUGGAACUGCUGGCUCCAUCUUGCGAAGAGAUGCUGCUGCGUUGUUCCUGGAAUGGCCAAGAAGUGAACUGCAGCCAUAUUUUCACCACGCGGCGCACCAUUCACGGGCACUGUUGUGCAUUCAACUACGUGCUUAAGUACAACUCUAUGGGCAGGCCAGACAAAAACAAGAACGUGAUCGCGAAUGUGAUGCGGCAGAAGCAGGCGGGCAUGCAUCGCGGGCUCAUCGUAGUGCUAGAUCCGUUGCUGGAAGACUAUGCAUAUCCUCUGCGGAACGUGGAAGGGUUCGAUAUAUUUCUGUUCGACCCAACUCACUACGCGGAUCCGAGUGGAGGGCGAGUGGUGCAGCGCUUGUCUGAGCCCAAUGAAGCCACGGUUCUGGAGCUGCGAUCAGUCAAGCAAAUCGCCACGGCAGAAGUCAGGAAGUACCCUCUUAGCACUAGGAAAUGUCUCUUCCACGACGAGGUUCCUGAACACUUCGGGAACAUGUAUUCAUACAGCGCAUGCAUUGCGCGCUGCAGGAUCAAGACCAUCCGGUCUCUCUGCAAGUGCACGCCUUACUUCUUGCCCGCUGGCAACAAUGGCGAGACUGUCUGCUCACUGAUGGAUCUGUGGUGCCUCAACAAGUAUAGAGAAAAACUUCUUUACUUCUACCCGUUCAACUCAAACGCCAAGAUCGGCCUAGAGAUGGAGCGGCUAGACUCGCUCAACUGUCCCGAGUGUCUGCCAGACUGCGAGUUGACAAAGCACUCCACCAAGUCUUCCGUGAUUCCGUUCAGGGACCGAAGACAAGGAGACCAGCCAGUGCUGCCGGACAUCGCGAAGGGUCUGAACGUCACAGAGUCAAGUAACCUAGCGAUGGUGUAUAUCUAUCAACCGACCAACGACGGAGUUUUGGACCGACUCGAUGUGGUGUCCUACUGGUAUGAAAUACUGAGUAACAUCGGCGGUUUUGCAGGCAUCCUCGUCGGAUUCUCUAUCAUUAGCGUAGUCGAAAUAAUUUAUUAUUUCGUCGUACGAUUCAUUCAAGUUCUGUGCAUUAAUUGGAAAUUAUAUUAUUAAAAUAAGAGUUAUAGUGGGACAAAAAAUAGUAGAACAAAUAAAAUGGAAUAAAACAAUUUCCAUACUAAAUUGUUGCCAUGUUUAAAUAUUUUACGUCAAAAAUGUGACAGUUAUGUAGGAAGUGGCGCCCUCAAUAAUUUUCUACAUUUCCUGAGAAAAAAAAAAUAGAUGCAUCAUACCUAAAGUUGCCUAAAGUACCUAAGGACGCGCUGAGCACAAAGAAUUUCGAACAUUAAUCCUCCUGAUCGUAUCUCUAUU